AUGAAUGAACAAACUAUGCCAUAUUUUAAUUUAACAAUAAAUGGAAUUAAUGAUUAUGUAAAUAUACAAAAAUUAAUUUUAUUAUUAUUUCCAAAAUAUGAAAUAAAGAAUAUUGUUGUCAAGGUUUUAAAUAAAGGAUAUUCAAAUCAAUUAAUCCGAAUUGAUAAUGUUCCCCAAUCAUCAUUACUUAUUCGUAUCUAUGGUGAUCUAACAACAUCAUUAAUUAAUAGAACCAAUGAAAUGAAAUAUAUUCAAAUAGUUGGCAAAUUAAAAGGCUAUCAACAUAUAUAUGGAAUAUUUAAUAAUGGUUUUGUAUAUUCCUAUAUUGAUGGUAAUGAUAUUACAUUAGAAAAAUUAUCUGAUAUAAAAUAUGGCAGGUUAAUUGCAGAGAGAAUGGCUCAGUUACAUUGUUUACCUAUUGAUGAAUUCAUUCAGAAAACACAAAAUGAUACAUUAAUUGAGAAGAGUAAACCAGAAUCUCAACUAUUUCCAACAAUUUUCAAAUGGAUAGACCGACUUGACGAGGAAUUCAUCGAUUCGUCAAGGAAUAUUAAAAAAUAUGAAUCAAUUUUUCCAAGUAAAUCUUAUGUUUUAAAUGAAGUAAUCCAAUUGAAAGAUCAAUAUCUUUUCAAUCCUAUGUCUAAAGUAGUUUUAUGCCAUAAUGACUUGAAUGCAGCUAACAUUAUACUAUCUCCAGAUGGAAAUUCUGUUCACUUGAUUGAUAUGGAAUAUUGUGACUUAAACUAUGCUGCAUACGAUAUUGGUAAUCACUUUUGUGAAUUUACUGGACCAUAUGCUACAGAAUUUCAACAUUAUCCAUCAAUUGAAUAUCAAAAGGAAUGGAUCAAUGCAUAUUUAACUGCUUAUUAUAAAUAUUCUCAAUCAAAAUUAGAUUUACAAUUGAAUAUAUACACAGAAGAUUAUAUAAAUCAAUGGCUUAAGGAGGUUAAUUGUUUUGCAUUGGUAUCUCAUUUACUUUGGGCUGUUUGGGCAGUAAUUUGCGCAUCGGAAAAAUUAUAUUCUAUGGAUUUUCUAGCUUAUGCUGAUUCAAGAAUGAAACAAUAUUCUAAUAUGAAAAAAUGGUUACCAUCAACUUUUCAAUUACCUAUUAUGAUUCCAUGUGAGGGCUUGCCUUAUGAUGCAGUUGGGUGAUUUCCUCAAUGUGUUUCCUAUCCACUUCCAUUGCUUCUUCCUGAUUUCUUCCUCCACUGGAAUCUGGUUUGUUCUCUCCAACAGUAGAAUGUUGCUGAUAGUGUCUGGCCAAUGGAUCCGAAGUAUUUCGCAUAGACAACUGUUAAUAAACACCUGUAUCUUCUGGAUGAUGACUUUCGUGGUUGUCCAAUUUUCCUCCCAUUCAUGCUAAUUUAGGAAAACAAAAUUGUGUAACACAUGAAGACAUUAAGAGACUAAAACUUUGGUAUACUUAAUCACUGAAAUAAUGAUUAGUAAUUUAUAUGAAUGAUUGUUAAUAUUCAAUUGUAAAAUGGAGUAAUGUAAGCUUCACAUAUUGGAACAAUACUAAACUUAGUAUUCCUAGUAUUGAAUUUCAUUAUUAACUUGCUGCUUGGGUAAGAGAAAAUCAUGAUCGGUUGUUUACCUUGACAGACAGGUAAAUAGUCUGACAGGUAUUAUGUGUUUUAUAUACCUCCCUAACAUUUGUAUUUGAUUAAUGUAGGUUCUUGAUUGUUCUAAUCAAACGAUUUACGUGUUCUUGAUCUGAGUUGUUUUGAGGUCUGGUAAAAUAGUGUUGGCAAAGUGUCUAGUGUACAUCGUGUGAAUUAUAUAUAGGGAUAAAUCGUUCAGUGUUUAUCUUAAGCAAAUUAGUAUCUAUUUAGUGUAAACGAGAAAUCUGAGAGCUGUUUUGAAAAUCUCUUACAAUGACUGUUCGGUUAUGAUUACGUUGUUGUACAACGUUUAUGGUCAUGUUUAUACUGCUUAAAAGUGAAUGUAAAGCCAGUAUUUGAGUAAAAAUAUAUGAAUUUAGUAUAAAAUCUGCUGUGUUUGAUUAGUAUCACUCCAAAACGAUACAUUGAUUACACUCUGUAUUCAUUAUCGGGUUUGAGUAUGAUACAGACAGCCUAAGAGAUAUCCCUUGAGAGAAUCUUGGAUUUCUGAAUGUUCGUAUUGCGGUGUGUGCUACUUAUGUCGACAGAUAUAACUAGUAUACAUCAUCAAUCGAAGAAGAAGAUAACGAGAACAGAGAGUGAUUAAUAUGGAAAUGAAGGGAUGAUAAAGUCUGAUACAAGAUAUGCUUCAAUGUUGUGCUGAAAUGAACUAAUUUGGUCCCCGCCUAUGUUCUCAUUUACUACAGUAUCUGCACCUCAAAAAAUGUUAUCCAUAGGAUUUCAUUGAUUCGGUUUAGGAAAUCUAACUCUAAGAUUAAUAGUAGUAAUAAACAAUAAUAUACUGUGAAAAUGCAUAUAGAAUGGACACCAGUUUAUGGUCAUCAUUACGUUGAUCGAAAUCACUGGAUAUUAAUGAUAAUCAAACAAGUUUACACUAUUUGACAAGACGUUACUUCAAAAGUUUCUACAAACUGAGCAUAUAGGACAAAAUAAAUAAUCAUGUAAAAUCAGAAAGGGUUUUGUGGAGAUCUCAGUAAUUUCAUAGUUGAAAUCAUGA